GUCAUAAAUUACGUACAUACACAUUGCACGCAAUUGAUUAAAUAUGAAAAAUACCGUUUGAUGAUUAAAAUAGGAUCAGUACAAUUUUCAUCAAUAUUCUUUUGAGCAUUGAAUAGGUCAGCAUAUUUGAGUCUUUUGUUGGGAUUCCAAUAUCCUUUCGAAGAACAGACAUUUCUGGGGUGGUGGCGUCGCAAUUGUUAUACUUUUCGAACUGAGAUCAUUAUUAUUAUUAUUAUUAUUAUUAUUAUUAUUAUUAUCUGAUUACAGAGUUGCUUGUUGCAGAGAGCCGAGGGGUAAAGUUUUAUUGUUUGAAUGUCAAGCAUGUGAUCUGCAAUCACUGAGCUCUUUCGAGCCCUAUUAAUGUAAUUUUCAGCCAAUAUUUUUUCAACUGGGUACAAGUUAUUUCAUCCCUUUUAUCUGGGAUUUUUUUUUUCUUAAGAAAAAAAGUGGUUCUCGGAGUGGAAAGAGUGAUGAGUAAUCUUUUAAGGAAUUCAGGUUAAUCUUUAAAGUGGACGAAGGAUGUUUUAUUAGCUGAUCCUGCGUAUUGGGCUGAGCUAUUUUUGAAUUUCUUUUUGUGGAUUUUUGAGUAAAAACUGGUUCUUGAAGAGAAGAAAGUCACCUGUUCUAGUUUGGAUAUUUGGGUUUUCUUCGAAGUGGGUGAAAGGUGGCCUUUUGUUAUCUCUUGCUGAUUUUCUGGGACACGUUUGGCUUGAUUUAGCUGAUUCUAGGGGUUUAGGAGGGAAUAGGACUGGAAGUGAGGUACUAUUUGUCAAAUUUUCUUUAGGAGGAGGUUGGGUGGAAAUUGGGAUUUGGGUACACUCGAAUCCUCAUCGGAAGGAAAAGCAGAGUGGGCAGCCGCUGCUCCUUGUUUUUUGUUGAUUCUAGGUUUGUUAAAGAUGGGACUUUGUGGUGAUAGCUUGAAGGCAGAAUCUUGGGAUGUGGUGAAAUCAAAGGGGAGGAAGAAGAAGAAAAAUGAUGAUGCUGUGGAGGAGAUGGGGUGUUGGGUUAAGUUGAGGUAUAUUGGCAGCUGUAUGUGUUCAAGAUCUAAAGUUGAUACCUCUAUUAGUGGCAUCAGUGCCCGCGAAAGUAAAUCAGCGAACGAUACUAGCAGAGACCAACCAGCUUCCCUGGUACUUCCAUCCACCACGACAAGCAAUGCUGAAAGCAAAUCUUCCAGCUUCAAACUUGAAGAGGAACUUAAAGUAUCUUCUCGGCUUCGAAAAUUCACAUUUAAUGACCUGAAGCUGGCCACAAGAAAUUUUAGACCUGAAUCUCUUCUUGGUGAAGGGGGAUUUGGUUGUGUAUUCAAGGGGUGGAUUGAAGAAAAUGGGACGGCACCGGUGAAGCCUGGAACAGGACUUACUGUAGCUGUGAAGACACUCAAUCAUGAUGGACUUCAGGGUCAUAAAGAAUGGCUGGCUGAAGUAAAUUUUCUCGGUGAUCUUGUCCAUCCUAAUUUGGUUAAAUUAAUUGGUUACUGUAUAGAAGAAGAUCAGAGGCUGUUAGUUUACGAGUUUAUGCCUCGGGGAAGCUUGGAGAACCACCUUUUCAGAAGGUCUUUGCCUCUUCCAUGGUCUAUCAGGAUGAAAAUUGCUCUUGGUGCUGCAAAGGGUCUUGCUUUUCUUCACCAAGAAGCAGAAAGACCCGUGAUAUAUCGUGAUUUUAAGACGUCUAAUAUCCUGUUGGAUGCUGAAUAUAAUGCCAAACUUUCUGAUUUCGGACUUGCUAAAGAUGCUCCAGAUGAAGGAAAAACACAUGUUUCUACCCGCGUGAUGGGAACCUAUGGUUAUGCUGCCCCAGAAUAUGUCAUGACAGGGCAUCUUACCUCAAAGAGUGAUGUCUAUAGCUUUGGUGUUGUAUUGCUCGAGAUGCUCACAGGUAGAAGAUCAAUGGACAAGAAUCGGCCUAAUGGGGAGCAUAACCUUGUGGAAUGGGCUAGGCCUCAUCUGGGAGAGCGGAAACGCUUUUAUCGUCUAAUGGACCCUAGGCUCGAGGGGCACUUUAGUAUAAAAGGUGCCCAAAAAGCUGCACAGUUGGCUGCGUCCUGCCUUAGCCGGGAUCCCAAAGCCCGGCCUCUGAUGAGUGAAGUUAUAGAAGUCUUGAAGCCUUUGCCAAGUCUGAAGGACAUGGCGAGCUCAUCGUACUAUUUUCAGACCAUGCAAACUGAGCGUGUUGGGUCAAGUCCAAAUGUUAAAAAUGUCCUUAGAACGCAAGGAUCAUUCUUGAGAAAUGGGCAGCAACAUCCAAGAAGCCUCUCAAUACCAAAUGGUUCUCAAGCUUCGCCGUAUCGUUAUCAGUUUAGUCGGAAUUCACCAAAACCAAACAGUAAACCAUAGAAUGGUUUGGAAAUCUCUGUUUCUUUUCCUACCCUCCUAACAUUCUUGGAUAUGGAUAUAUUUUGUUGGCGAUUGUCCAUAGAUUACUAAAAAAGUAACAAGAGUAUACAUUUAUGGCAUGCUUGGUAAAGUGGAUUGAAUAGUAUUGGACAGUAUUUACUAAGUAAGAGAAAUUCAAAACUUCAAAUCUUGCUAUCUUACUGUCCAAUCCAUCUCACUUUGUUAAAGGUGCUCUCAGGGGGAAGAAUGUAAUGUAAAUGGAGAUGAAGUUAAUGGAGUAAUUUUUUAUCGUGUUAGAAUCUUUCUCAUGUAAGAUACAUCUCUCUCUCAUGUACAAUACAUCAUGUGCACCAUUCAAUUUUGGAUGAUGACAUCUAUGUGAUUUGAGAAGGUGUCUCUCAUGUAAGAUACAUCUCUCUCUCAUUUAUGAUACAUCAUGUGCACUGUUCAAUUUUGGAUGAUGACAUCUAUGUGAUUUGAGAAGGCGUCGCA